UACAUGAACGCCAACUUUGUGGACGGCUACAAUCAGCCAAAAGAGUUUAUUGCGACGCAGGGUCCCAAGCCAGAGACGGUCGAUGACUUUUGGCGCAUGGUCUGGGAGUAUCGCUCAGAAGUGGUGGUGAUGAUGACGGGCAUUCGUGAAGGCGGUCGCAUCAAGUGCCAUCGCUACUGGCCAGAGCAUACCGAGGCGCCCCUCGAUACACAAAACUUCCAGAUCUCGAUCGCAUCGACGGAGAACAUGAAACAUUACAUUCUGACGAAGCUGACGCUUGAGCAUCGCGCCUCGGGAGCCACGCGGGCCGUGUCGCACUUUUGGUUCACAAACUGGCCGGACCAUGGCGUACCUCACGAGACCUGGGAGGUGAUUGACCUGGUCAAGGCCGUCCGUCGUGCUCGGACAGAUCGUGCACUUCCCGCUGUGGUGCAUUGCUCGGCUGGAAUUGGCCGCACCGGUACCUUUUUGGCCGUGGACAUGGGCAUUCGCAGCUUGAACAAUCCGCACCGCGUUGUGGACGUGUUUGGUGACAUGAUCAAGCUGCGCACGCAACGAGGCGGCUCGAUUCAGACCUUUGUCCAAUACCUCUUUGUACAUCAAGCCAUGAAGGACUAUGUGACCCCAGGCAACUCC